AUGAAGAAAUUAGUUGGGUUCGUGAGGAGGAAGGAGCAGCCCUCGCGGUCCCGCUCGGAGGCCUCCUCGCUCGAUGGCGGCGUGGGCUGCGGGUACGACCUGCGGCGCAAGGGCCUCAGCAAGCUGCACCGGGCGGCGGCCUGCGGGGACAUGAGGACGCUGAGUGCGCAAGCGAAGAAGCACGACCUGAAUCAGCUGGACAAAGCCAACAGAACACCUUUGCAUCUCGCCUGCGCCUAUGGAAAUACAAAUGCUGUUAUUUUCUUGGUAGACAGGAAAUGUAAAUUAAAUCUCUGUGAUAAUGAUCGCAGAUCUCCACUGAUAAAGGCUGUACAAUGUCAGGAGGUGUUUUGUGUCGGUUAUUUGCUGCAGCAUGAUGCAGACCCCAAUGUAGUGGAUUUAGACAGUAACACUGCCCUUCAUUUUGCUGCCUCUAAUUAUAGCAUAGCUAUAGCAGAAAAGCUGCUUGAAUAUAACGCAAACAUUGAUGCACUGAACAAGGAUGGGAAUACUCCUCUUAUGCUUGCGGUAGCAGUAAGUAAACAAGAAAUGGCAGAAUUUCUCCUUAAAAAAGGAGCAUCGGUACACAUUAAGGACAACUCAGGAAGAACACCGCUGAUGACUGCUGCUGCUAAUGGAGAUGAUGCUUUAUUAAGUCUGCUCAUUCAGUAUGGCGCUGAUGUUUCUGAUAAAAAUAUACAUGGAUUGAAAGCAGAAGAUUAUGCUCAAAUGGGUGGUUAUCCUGAAUUAACUAAAAAACUCAUUAGAAUUGGCAGUGAGAAAGGUGCAAAGAAAUCCUCUUCUGAGAGUAGAAGCCAGUCUAUAUUUAGCAGUCCAGAUGGAGAUGCUGGUUUGACAUUGGGCGCACCUGCAACAAAUAAAGAAGGUACACUUUUAUGUGUUGUAGAAGAUUUAGCUGGAGAUUCAUUAAGCACAUCAAGUAGCAAAUCCUGGCGUUCUGACGAUGAACCUUUUUCAAGCCCCAAGCUUCCACAGAAAUAUUGGCUGCCUGGGCUAGCAGAAGCUAUGGAGCACUUUAAGAAAAAUCAUAAUGAAAUUGAAACUGAAAAUAAUGAGUUGGCAAAAGAUAUAGCAGGAGUUCCAAAUCCCAACAAACAAGAGCUGAAAGAUCCACAUGAUUCUCAUGCAAGCAGUGAGGAAGAAGAUGGAGAAUAUGUUGAUGAGGAGGAUGAGGAAGAAGAAUUUGAGGAAGAAGGAUUUGAAGAGGAAGAUGAAGAUGAGGCAAGUGAGGGGGAAGACGAAAUUGAGGAUGACUGCUGUCAAGAAAAGGAGGAUGAAAACAUAGAAGAAAGUCAGGGUAAACUAGAAAAUGAAGAAAGUUGCUUUGAAAAAUCAAGAGAGAAAGAACUGUCAGAAACCUCUGCUGAUAAUGAACAUGUUGGGGAACAAAAUUGUGGUAAUACAAAUGUUCCUUGUAGUAGCAGUGAAAUGUGCAAAGUGCCCAGUGGAGAAAUGCAGGAGUUGGCUGAUGUUCCUGUGUCUUCUAUAGCUGGGUGUUAUGAAUGUUCAGAUGAAAAUAUGCCUGUUAAGAAGGUGAAUAAUGGACUUCGAAGUCAUUCACUUGAAAAAGAAAACAGUUGUAAACUUGAAGGAAAAAAUAUGAAUAACCAUGAGUAUGAAGAAGAAAACACCGAAUUUCAGAAUCCUAAUGAAUUUCAAGGCACUGAAGAAAAUGAGGAAACACUGGAUGUGAGCCACCAAAGCUUUCACAAAGAUGACAUUUGUUCAUCAGAGUCUUUUGAAGUACCAACUUUUGCAAAAUAUGCACUUCCAUCUCUUUUAAACAAAGGACAAAAUUCAAAUCUGGUUGAUAACUUUGAAAGUGAUGAUGAUCCUGAGUCAGAGGCAAAACUUGAAAAACACAAAGCUAGAAAACAGAACUCAAAAAAUACUAGCUUUGUGGAUUGUCAAAAUAUCACAGAAAAACUAUGCGGUCAUUUUCAAGAAGUACAACAAGUAGUCUAUGAACCAUUGGUAGAUAAAUGGGAACAGAGUAGGGAAGAAAAUCCAAAAGAAGACUUUCAGUCUAAUACAGGAGCAGAGGGAACAGAGGAGCUAGACAAGGAAAAAAGGGGGCAGUGUAAUGAACAAAAAGACAUCAAAGAAAUUGAAAAUGAUGAGAACAAGGGAGCAGAGGGAACAGAGGUCCUAGACAAGGAUAAAAAGUUAAUGGAAGAACUUGGUUUAGAUGAGGCAGAUAUUAAUAAAGAUGAGUCUGACUGGGAUUCAACCAGUGUAUCCCAAGGUGAUCCUGUGUAUCCCGAUGUGCUGGGAGAUGAUGGCAAAAUUGAUGCUGCAACCAAAAAAUCAGAAGUUAUUCCCGUGGGAGUUGAAUUGUCUGAUGCUCAAACAAAAAAAAUAGGCAGCAAGGCCUAUGAUGCUGUGUAUUUUGAGCUGCAAUGGGGGCAGUGUAAUGAACAAAAAGGCAUCGAAGAAAUUGAAAAUGAUGAGAACAAGGGAGCAGAGGGAACAGAUGAGCUAGACAAGGAUAAAAAUGAGUCUGACUGGGAUUCAACCAGUGUAUCCCAAGGUGAUCCUGUGUAUCCCGAUGUGCUGGGAGAUGAUGGCAAAAUUGAUGCUGCAACCAAAAAAUCAGAAGUUAUUCCUGUUGGAGUUGAAUUGUCUGAUGCUCAAACAUUACGAAUAUCAUCAUCUGUUGCAUUUGCAGGGGGGCAGUGUAAUGAACAAAAAGACAUUAAAGAAAUUGAAAAUGAUGAGAACAAGGAUAAAAGUGUAGUAGAUGCAUUCAGCUGUAUAGAAAAGACAUCACUUGGAAAUCAGACCGUCAAGGCAGAGGUUCCAUUCGCUUGUGAGAAAAAGGAAACUGAAGCUGCAAUACAUAUUGAGGAAUCCAACAGUGAUUGCAAUCAGUUUGAUGCAGCUCUCUGGGAAGAAAGAUAUGAAAAAAUGUGGGUUGCAAAUGAAAAAAGAGAGGUCAAAACCUGCUUUAAGAGCAUUACAGCAGAACUAAAGCAGAAGUUUGGUGAGAUUGACAUAAAUGAACAAAAAAAUAAUACUUCUGUGGAAGAAACAUUGCAAGAUGGCUUCAGUGGUAUGUUGGAGGACAUAAAUGAAUCACCAUCACUACCUUUGUCUAAAGCUACCAUUGACAUACAAGAAAAGGGUAAUUCUGAAAAUUUAAACGCUGUCAUUGCAGAAAAUAACUUCAGCAUUGAAAACUUAACUUUAUAUCCUAUAAAUUGUAGUUCUCAGAAGCUUCUUCCUAAGCAGUGUGAAAAUGGUCAACAAAACGCUCAUCAAAACCAGAGAGCAGAGAAUGAGGUAUUGUCUGAAAUAGCAAGUGUAAGUGGAGAAGGAGGAGAUGAUGAACAUGUGCAGCUGGAAACAAAUGUGGGAAAUCCUACAUCAUAUAUCAAAAUGCCUGCCUACACAGACAGUGCAAAAAUGCUUUCUAAUGUAACAAAAAGUGCAGUUCAAAAAAGCCGACACAAAUUUAACAAUGGUGCUUCCAGAGACAUUGCAGUCAGCAACUAUAAAGAUGCUGAGACCAAAAUUGGAAAGAAUGUUAAAAGCUCUGAACAGUCCUGCUGCCUAAUAUCAGAAGAACUGGAUGAAGAACUUGAACGUGAUGUUGUGAGAUUUAAGAAUGAGGUAGGAAUGCUGCAGACAGCGUUCCUGGCUUUGGAGAAAGAAAAGGCCCAACUACAGAAAGAGGUUGAAGAUGAAAAACAAAGGAAGAAACAGGAGGAAUUAGAGGCUGCAGGAAAAGGUGCAGCUAUUGAAAAAAGCACAAAGGAUGUGAGAAAAAGGGAACGUAAACAACGGAUCUCAAAGCAACAGGCCACUCAGCAAUUCAGUGAACACCAAGAUGAUAGCAGUUUGAGUGAAACAUCUGUGGGGAAAGUGAGAACAUCAGCCAGAACUGUGAAUGGGAAGAAUAAGGUAAAAUACCAAAUGGGCAUUACCAAUACUCCUGAUGACUUAACUCAGUCUUCUACAGCUACAAAGGAUAGUGAUAUGCCUCCGUCAGUCUAUAAUGAGGCCCAAAUGUUGCUAGAACAACUUAGUUUGGAAAACGAAAAUUCUGUAAGCCUUCUGAAAAUUCAAAAUAUUGUUCAUGGAUAUGAGCACUUUAUUGAACAUGAAAAGGAACGUUAUGCUCAUCUGCAAGGAAAAGCAAAAAAAAUUGAGAAUGAGAAGAAGGAGCUGCAGAGAACACUGGAAGAAAUGAGAGAAGUUAAUGCUCCGCUGGAUCAUCAAAAAGCACAAUGGGAGAGCCAUAUCAGCAGUCUCAAAUUAUCUUUGAAACAAGCAGAAGAAAAGAAGAUGAGUGCUGAAACGCAAUAUGAGCAAAGUCAAGAACAGUUAAGGAAGAAAGAAGAGCAGUACCGUAAAGAGAUGGAGGAAAAACAGCAGCUAGAGUUAAUGCGGAGAAGUCUAGAAAUGGAGUUGAGAACUCUGAAAAACCAUUUGAAACAGGUUGAAGAACAUCAUAAUAAAACACAGCAACAGCUCGCUCAAGAAAAGAAUGCUAGAGCUCUGCAAGAGGGUAUUUUGAAUGCCCAUCUGAGAAGGCAAAAGGAAUUGGAAGAAGAAUCAAAAAGAGCAGUGGCUAAAAGCUCAGAGAUGACUGAUCAUCAUGACCAAGAAAAGGAUCUGUUAUACAAAAAUCAAAUUCUCCAAGAUGAACUUGCUGUAUUAAAAUUACAGCUUGACCAGAUAAAAACUCAGCAUCAAGAAGAAGUAGCCAGUUAUUUAGAAGAAAAUGAAGCUUUGAAAGAAAAAACUGAAGAACUGAAAAAGGAGUUGAAACUAAAUGAAGAGGCUUUGACUGAAACAGUUCUUCAGUAUAAUGGACAAAUAAAUAUAGCAAAAACAGAAUCUGCCAUUCUAACCUGUAAGUUAAACCACAUGAAAGAAGAUAAAGAACGCCUGGAGGUGGAGCUUGAUACAGUUCGUUCCCGUUUGAGUUUCAGCACUCAGGAACUAGAACGGACCAUUGCAUCAAAGAAUGAUCUUGAAAGAACACUGCAACAAGAGUGUGAUGAGUGGGCUCGUUUAAAAGACAAAUUGAAUCACGAUCUGUUUAAUCUACAAGAGACCAACAAUAGCAUGUCUCAGCUGUUAAGUAAAACUGAAAGCAAAGCUAGUAGUCUAGAAAAUGAACUUCACCAUGUAACACACACACUCAGAGAAAAGAACUUACUGAUUGAAAGUAUUCAAAGGGACCUAAGUCAAGCCCAGUGUCGAGGGAAGGAAUUGGAAAAUGCAUGGCAAAUGGAAAAGAAUCAAUUGAACAAACAUGUCGUAAAACAGGAAUCUGUGCAGGAACGAUUGGCGCAGCUACAGAGUGAAAAUCUUUUACUCAGACAGCAACUGGAAGAUUUUCAAAACCAGGGUAUUAUUAAAGAAAGAGUAGCGAGCAAUGUUCAAGACAGCUUUCAUGAGAGUUUUAAUAAACUCAGAGCUGAUGCUGAAAAGCAAGUACAAAUGAUAGAAGACAGAAAUAAGGAGUUAACCACAAAAUGUGAUAAUUUGAAGGAUCAAGUCUUUAAAUAUAAAACAGAAAAAGCAGAGAGAGAGGGUGCAUUAAGACAACUGCAGCAAGAGCUGGCAGAUUCUCUUAAAAAACAGGCCAUGGCAGAAGCUGCACUGGAAGUUACAACUGCUUAUCGUAAUCACCUAGAGGAGGAUAAACGGGAGCUUCAAAAGGAAAUAGACACAAUAAAAUCUAAGCUGCAAGAGACAGAAGAACAAUAUAUCCAUUCUCAGAGGUGUAUGGAGGAUCUAAGGAAUGCUUUACAUGCUAAGGAAAGUGAGGCAAGUGUGGUACCUCAGAACUUAGAAGACCUGCUGGUAGCAUCAUCAGGAGCAAAUACUGCUGUAAAACAUUUGGAAAAAUAUAUAGAAAGACUUGAAAUAGAAAAUUCCAGAUUGCAAGCUACAAACAAAGAACAAACUAGCAGAAUUGAGGGACUUCUGAAAGAUCUGCAGGAUAGUGCCUCUGUUCACAACCGUCUUGAGGAACUAAUAACUGUCAUGCAAACAACAAAAGUCAAUUCAGAGGAACAACUGAACCAUCAGCACUGGAGAAAAUCCUGACCAUUAGAGAAAUUCUAGGAUCCAACACGUAGGGUUUUUUAUUUUUUAUAUAACAAUGAUGCGAUAUGUAAAUUUUUGUUGGCUUGCAUAAAUAUUACGUACUUAUUCUGGUUUUUUGAGCAGUUUGACAAUGAGAAGAAGAAAGUGAAGAAACUGGCAGAGUUAAAACGAUCAAUGGAAAUUCAGUUACGUCAAGAAAUGAAGAGAAACAGUGAAUUACAAAAAGAAUGCAAUGAAAUUAAGAAGCUUUUAAAAACAACUCAAAAGAAACUGAAAGAAUAUGAGAGUGGGGCGAACUCACCUCGAGCUGUCCUUCAAGGAGAAAUGAAGAGCAGAUAUUCAGACAUAGACACUGAAGUUGGAAAGCUAAAAACAAAGAUAGGAGAACUUUCUCACCAACUGGAGGUUGAGUUGAGUAGGUGUACUCAAUUAGAAUCUGCAAACCAUGAUCUACGAGAACAGUUGUCUUCUGUAAAGAUGCUCCAGAAGAAUAAUGAGGAACUGAAGAGAAGCAAACUGCAACUAGAAGAUGAAGUAGCUCAUCUCAAACGUGAUAUACAGAGUAAUAUGUUGGACUGUAACCAAAGAGAACAAUUCAAGAGAGAAGUUGAAGAGCGGGCAAGACAAGAACUCAAGCAAAAACUGGAAGAAGUCAAUUUGUUUUUGCAGACACAGGCAGCCUCACAAGAAACUUUGGAACAAAUAAGAGCUACUAAUAAUGCUUCCUUGAAAAAUCAACUGGAACAAAGAAUUCAUGAUGUAGAAUCUGAGUUGGGCAAACUAAAGAACAUUCAGCAAGACUAUAUCUUUCAUAGAGAGUCUACACAUACAGAACUGGAAAGAUACAAAGAUUUGUAUUUAGAAGAGCUGAAAAUGAGAAAAGCUUUGAGAAGCAAACUAGAUCGAGCUAAUGAGAAAUUAUCAGAAGCCAGUGCCAAGGUCCUUCAUGAACGUCAGAAACACCAGUCUUUACUUGCCAGCAGCUUUCUAAAUGGAAGCCUUUCGGCAAAUCCAAUAUUGGAAACAGUUCAGUUUGGAAAUCUUAGCAGUAAUCUUGCAUUAAAUAGAACUCUUAGCCUUGGAGGAGGAUUCAUGAAUCCAUCUGGAAAUACAUUAUCCUCAAGAAACAGAGUGGAGGCUUACUUGACAAAGAUGCGGAAGGAACUGGAAAAAAGUAUCACUAGGGAACUAGAUCAAGCCAAUGCUGAACUUGAUACUGCAUCUGUUAAAUUCGCCCCCGGAAGACCAAAUGAAGAUGAUCAAGUGUCAAAGGCAGCACAGGAGUACCUAGAUGUGCUAAAGAAAAAUUAUAUGAUAUAA